UCGGCUAUACAUCGCAUCCAACGGAUACCCAAAGCCAAUAGCCAGCAACAAAUGCCUUGGAAAAUAUUUUUGAAAAAUUCCAAGUCUCAAACAAAACCAACUAAUUCAAAUGAGCCUGAUUAAAGUGAAAAGUGCAUUGCGCGGCUACAGAUACUGAUUUUGUUUUAAAAAUCGCACACCCGAAACCAGUUAAAAAAGGAAAUAAACACAGUUGAAAAAAAAAAUUUUCGAGUGCCCCAGUGCCAGUGCAAGAAGUUCCCGCAAAAUAAAUCAAAUUUCGUGCAACGCGAAAAUACCCAAGAGAUAUAUUCGAAUAAAAUACAGCUGAAUAUCGUGCCGUCGAAGCGUCGCUGUUGACAAAAGUGCAAUACAAGUAUAUACACCCAAUAAUAAUAUAUUUAUUACAACCAAUUACAUAUUGUUAAUCAAAAGUAAUAAAAUACGCAAAUCAAGGCGAAAUAUGGCAUGCAGAUAACAAAAAGUGAGGUUGACGAAAUACAAAUUGCAAGAGUAACAAAACGGAAAAAAACCAAACUGAAAUAAAAUCUACACGCCCGGAUUUGAUUGCAUUUUUUUGCGGUGUAGUUGUAAAUUUGUUGAUGCUGCUUUUCUGCCCGAAGUAUCAGAUUCAGAUACGCCGUACACAUCCAUAUGCAUAAUCGAGUUUCUACAAAUUCUGACUUCUGAAUUUCCGCUCGGACUCCCAAGCUCAGCAGAAAAUUAAAAACUCUUUCGUCAGUCAAAUGAUAGACUCGCGACGAUACUACGCACAAACCCAUGUUGGAUUAUAAUUUAUACCCUUAAAUUUGGGGGCUACAAUGCGGCCAGAAGUAUACGAUGUUAUCACAGUUCACGCUGCCCAAUGUCAGGACUUUGAUUUUUACACUGAUGAUUGUUGCGGCUGCUUUUCCGAGGCCAGCAUGCGCCGCGAAAAAUGUUUUAACACUGAGCAAACACAGCGAACUUGCGCUGCACAUCAAUUCGCACGGCAAAGUGACCGCCGAGAACAUAUUGCGGACAUAUCAAUACUUCACAAUGGAAGCUGUCAACGAUGUGUUCAGCCUGGACUUCAAAAUCACCAUCUAUUCGGCGGAUGUAGACUACUAUCUGUGCUUCCAUCAAGGCAGACUGGUUGGAAAGAGAAACGCCACAAAGGACUGUCACUUUAAAGAGGGGAUUUUUAUGGGCAAUCAGCACUUUACUAGUGCUUACAAUCCAGUGCUGCGAGUGGGUUUCAAGGGAAACUUUAAGCCAAUGGGCCUGAAUGAUUUUUCCAAGCCAAAAGUGAUGAAGAAGGCCAUUCUAUAUUUCUUUCCUGUGAGUGAGGAGAAAUUCAACUCACAUUUGGCUGAAGUUUUGAAAAGCACUACCACUACCACAACAACAACAACAACAACUACAUCAACCACAACAACAACAACACCACCCAGUACUACCAAAAUCAGCUCCACAACAACGACAACAACAACAGCAAGCCCAGUGGCGGUCACAAAACGUACGCGUUCAAAGACGCGUCGCCCAACAAGUAUUAAUAGCGAUAGUAGCAACAGCAAUAACCCCGAAAAGAUCAGCAACAGCAAGAGUAAUAGCCUUAAGAGCCACAACCAAGCCAAUAGCAACAACAACAACAAUAAUGAGCUGGACCUGCAGCAACAACAGGUGAUUCUGCAAAGGAAUCGCCAGAAACAUCGCCGCCAGCGAUUGGAGCGCAGGAAGCAGCAGCAGCAACAUCGCCGUCGCCAUCGGCAAUACGGCACAGUGGGCGUGAUGGCCCAACCGCAGCCCAAAAACCUUGUGGUCCGUCAUCAUCACAAUAAUGCCACCAUAAUGGAGCGACGCCGACGUCGCCGCUUGGAGCGGCAGCAGCACAAGUUGCAGCGGGAGUUGUGGGAGCAGGAGCAGCGGGAGGCGGGCGACAGGGAGCGGGAACGCGAGCGGGUGGAGCACCUGCCCAAGGCCACCUCCUCGGCCUCGUCCUCCUCCUCCUCCUCGUCGACGGCCACCUCGACGGCCCUGACCGCCACGGCCGCCUCGUUGGCACCCAGCGCCUUCAAUCUGGUGGCCAUAAUGGCCGCCAGUCGUCGCAAGCGGGACAGGCGAAAACGCUCGACAGGUGGAGCCACAAGUGGUGCGGGUGCAACAGGUGGUGGUGCCACAAGGGGCAACAAGGAUGCUGAUAUGCAACUGGUGGAGCUACCCUCGCAGCGAUUGCAGCAGCAGGAUGAGCAGGAUGACCGCCACCCACAAAACGAAUACUCAAAACCCUAUGUUAAUAGUAACUUAAACUUAAACUUAAAUGUAAACCUAAACGUAAACCAACUAAUUGAUAGUAAUAGCGCUAAUGUUAAUCUUGCAAUACCUGCCUUGCCAAAAAACUACAACUACUUGUACAGUAACGAGCAUUAUAAUUUGAAUACUAAAAGUAGCACGACUGAUUCUAGUAGUUUAGACGAUAGCACUAAGUUCGAUAGUCCAAAUAGCCAUAGCCCUAGCCAUAGCCACAGCGCGUUCAAUCAGAAUAUUGACAAUAAUCUUAAGCAAUUAAACGAUCGAAUUGACCUUGUUUCAACCGAAAAUCGGAAGAAGACCGAGGAAGGUGAGACAGAGACAGUUUCAACCGAAACUGUUGUGCAGAAUCGCAAUCAUAUUGAUGCUAAUAAUAUAAUCGACGAUAGCUAUUCGAACGACGAGAAGCACGAAGGGCUGAUUCUAAAGAAACUUCUUCGUGGCCUUCAAAAGCUGCAACAGCAACACGAGCAGCAGCAACAGCAACAGCUACAGCACCAGCAACAACCUAAUAUUGAUAACCCUAACGAGAAUAUUAAUGUUGUUAACGAUAAUCAGAAUCAUAAUGAUAAUGGGCUGCUGACAAAUAAUAACCAUAAUAGUAAUUACAAUGAGCAAUUUGCGAAUGACGAUGAAACGAUACGAAUUCAAAAUAAUAAAUAUGAAACACAUAUAGUACAAUACAAACAUGCGGUAUUUAUUUGGAAAAUAGUGGGGGUCCUUUUGGGAUUUUUUUCAGCCAUUCCUUAA